AUGGAAUCACAUGAGAAGAUGGGCAGGAUCGAGGGUGAACCCCGUGAUCUUGAAAAUGUUGAUUUGGAAUUAGAAAAGACGAAAGUAAAUGGUGCUAUUCCUCCAAGAAGCAACCAGAAAUUAAAAGAUUUGGAUGAUCUUUUUCCAUAUAUUGGCGGCUUCGGCUGGUACCAACGGCUGCUGUUCUUCCUCAUGAUACCUUAUUCCUUUUUCUUUGCUUUUGUCUAUUUCUCUCAAAUUUUUAUGACAGUGGUUCCAGCUGAGCAUUGGUGUUUUGUGCCUGAGCUAGGAAAUUUGAGUGUGGAAGAACGACGACAACUGUCCAUCCCGCAAUCUAACAACGUGUACGAGAAAUGUCUUGUGUACGAUGUGGAUUGGACGAAAAUAGUACAGAGUGGAGAGUUAACACCAAAUCCGAACUGGCCAGUGAAGAAAUGUGAAAAUAAAUGGGAAUUCAAUUUUACUGAUGUCCCAUAUGAAACUAUUGCUACUCAGCUUGGAUGGGUGUGUGAAAAAGACAACUAUCCAGCAACCGCUCAAGCUGUUUUCUUCUGUGGCUCCAUUGUAGGAGGACUAAUUUUUGGUUGGAUUGCUGAUAAAUACGGAAGAGUUCCAGCUAUUGUUGGUACAAAUAUGGCAGGUUUCUUUGCAGGAGUUGGGACGGCGUUUGCGAACAGCUUCUGGUCUUUCUGUUUGUGCAGAUUCCUUGUAGGUCUUGCAUAUGACAACUGUUUCAUUAUCAUGUAUAUUGUGGUGGUGGAGUAUGUCGGACCAAAAUGGAGGACAUUUGUUGCAAACAUGUCAAUUGCCGUAUAUUUUACUUUUGCUGCAUGUUUGCUGCCUUGGAUCGCACUAGCAGUAUCUGAUUGGAAAAUCUAUACUUUGAUAACCAGUGUGCCUUUGGCGCUGUCGUUAUUUACACCGUGUUUGGUUCCAGAAAGUGCAAGAUGGCUGAUUUCAAAAGGACGUAUUGAUGAAGCACUUAAAAUAUUGAAAAAAUGUGAAAGGAUGAACCGAAAAAAGAUUCCUGUUGAGAUUUUGAAAGAAUUUAAGGAUACCGCCAUAGAAAUAGCAAAAGCUGAAGAGGAGAUUAAAAAUUAUUCAGUGAUCGAUCUUUUCAAAACCCCUCGUCUUCGAAGAAACAGCAUCUUACUUCUUUUCAUAUGGAUGUACAUCGCCAUGGUCUUCGAUGGACAUGUCAGAAAUGUAGGAUCUUUGGGUCUAGAUAUGUUCUUGACCUUCACAAUAGCUACAGCCACUGAAUUCCCUGCUGAUAUUUUGCUAAUUUUAACUCUUGAUGUGGUCGGACGACGUUGGCUUUCUUUUGGAUCAAUGGUUCUGAGUGGAUUGUUCAGUUUUUUAGCCACCACUGUUCCACAUGGUCUUCCAUCAGCAUCAUUAGCUAUCAUUGGUCGAUUUGCAGUCAAUAUAUCCUUUAACAUCGGUAUGCAGUAUGCUGCAGAACUUCUACCCACAGUCGUACGAGCUCAGGGUCUAGCUUUAAUACAUAUAACAGGAUAUGUCGCCACUAUAUUAGUACCAUAUAUAGUUUAUUUGGCCACAAUAGAUCCUAUAAUUCCUCUUCUCAUACUCGGAAUGAUUGGAAUUUUCGGUGGCUGUCUUUGCCUUUUUUUACCAGAAUCUAUGGGAAAAAAUAUGCCCCAAACCAUACAAGAUGGGGAAAACUUUGGAAAAGAACAAACAUUUUGGGAUAUGCCUUGUUGUAAAAAUAAAAGGAAACCUAGCGUCGCUACUUGUGCAGUAGAAGUAACCAAAGUG